AGAUCAUGAUAGAUGACAGAUGGUACCGAUGGAGCGCAAGAGAGAAGAAACUGACAGAGGAGAAAAGAAGAGGAGAAGAAUGAGACGCAGGCGGCGGGGAUGGAACAGGGAAGGGAGGGGGGUUAAGAAUUGGUUUUUGGAAUGUAGCGGGAUUAGCAAACAAAUGUGAGGAGGCGUGGGAAUACCUGGAGAGCUUCGACAUAUUAGGACUAACAGAAACGUGGGUGGACGAGGAAGGAUGGAAGAAGAUGGCAGACAAAGUCUCAAAGGAAUACAUCUGGAAAUGCAUACCGGCAAGAAGGGAACACAAAAAAGGAAGGGCAAAAGGCGGGAUCUUGAAAGCAGUAAGAAAAAGUUUGGAGGAGGUGGAGAUUAACGAAAUAAACGGAGAGAUGGCAGAGACUAAGCUGAAAUACAACGGAAACAGAUGGAGGAUCAUUACACUCUACAGCCAAAAAAUUGAAGAAACGAUGAAAACACUAACGGAAUGGAUACCAGAAGAAGAGGAAAACUAUUUACUGAUAGGAGGAGAUUUCAACGCGAGAACUGGAAGCGAAGGAGGCCCGAUUGAAGAAGAAGAAGCAGAAAAGAGAAGCAAAAUCAGACGGUCCAUAGACAAAGUGAGUAAUAGAGAAGGACGAAUAUUGCUGAAUAGAAUAGAAGAAAGAGGUUGGUCAAUUUUAAACGGAAGUUUUGACAAAGAAGGAGGAUGGACAUAUAUAGGAGGAUCGGGGAUGUCAGUCAUAGAUUACAUAAUAGGAAAUGACAAAGCGUUAGGGGAAGUAAAAUCGGUGGAAGAAGGAGAAAGAACAGAGUCGGACCACAUGCCAUUAGAAGCAGAAUUAGUAGGAGCACAAACAAAGAAGAAAAACGACAGAAACAAGAAAAGGGAAAUAGAGAAAAGCGUUUGGACAGAAGAAGGAAUAGAAAUGUACAUGGAAAUCUGCAAAGACUGGGCGAGCACACAGGAGGAAACGGAAGGAAUAUGGAAGGAGAUAAGUGACAAGAUAAAGAAAUCCAUAAUAAAACAGAUAAAGAAGAUAAUUCCAUGGAAAAUAGGAAAAAAACAGUGGUACAACAAAGAGUGGAAAGUAAAGAAAAGAGAAUUAAGGAAGACACUGAGAAAUAUAAAGAAGAAAAGAAUUAGCAAAGAAGACUACAUUGCAAAGAGAAAAGAAUACAAAGAGUGGUGUAAAGAGCAGAAGAAGAAGCAUGAACAGGCAGAAGAAGAGGAAAUCCGAAGGAUAAAGAGCGAGAAAGAGGCGUGGAAGUAUAUCAAUAAAUACGGAAAGAAAAGAAAGGAGGGGAUAUGCGACAACAUAAAGAUGGAAGAAUGGAGAGAUUAUUUCAUAGGACUCGGAAGCAUACAGGAAAAAGAAACAGACAUAGGCGAACGAGAAAGCGAUACAGGCACGAAGAUGGAGGAGGAACCAGGAGACAUAGAAAAGGAAGAACUAAGAAAAAUAUUAAGGAAACUAAAAAAUGCAAAAGCCCCCGGAGAAGACGGAAUAGAGAACGAGGCGUGGAAAUUUAUGUCAGUAGAAAUAGGAGAAGAAUUUUGGAAACUUAUCAACAAAAUAUGGAAAGGAGGAGGACUACCAAGAGAUUGGAACAGAGGAGUAAUUAGCCCAAUUUACAAAAGAGGAGAGAAGAACGAGAUAAAGAAUUACAGAGGAAUAACAUUAUUGGACUCGGCGUACAAAAUAUAUGCAAGCAUACUAAAUGAAAGGUUAGAAAAAGAAACAGCAGAUAAAUUGAGAGAAACGCAGUUCGGAUUCAGGAAGGGAAGAGGAACUAUGGACGCAGUCUUCACGAUAAACUACAUCGUGAACAGAGAAUUGUGCAAGAAAGGAGGAAAAAUAUUCGCAUUUUUUGCGGAUAUGAAAGCAGCUUUCGAUAAGGUGAAUAGAAAGCAGCUGAUAGAGUCGAUGGAGAGGAUGAAUAUAGAGACAAAUCUGAGACGGAGGAUCACGGAAAUAUAUAAAGAGACAAGAAAUGUGAUAAAAAUAGGAGAAGAGAAAUCUCAAGAGUUUUGGACAGGUGGAGGACUCAGGCAAGGUUGCCCAUUAAGCCCAGCACUAUUCAACAUAUAUAUAAAAGAUCUGGAAGAAGAGAUGGAAAAAGGACAGGCCGGAGGAAUAGUAGUUGGCAAAGAAAAAUUCUGGACGAUAACAUACGCAGAUGACAUCGUUUUGUUGGCAGAGAGAGAAGCGGAUCUGAAAGAGAUGAUGGAGAGGUUCAGGAGAUACCUAGAGAAAAAAGAAUUGAGCCUUAGUCCGGAUAAAUCAAAAGUGAUGGUAUUCGAAAGUGGAAGAGGAAGAAAAAAGAGAAGAGAAUGGAAAUGGAGAGAGGAAAAUGUGGAAGAGGUCAAAGAGAUAAGAUACCUAGGAUAUAUGCUACAGAAAAACGGAGGUGCGGAGAAACAUAUAAGAGAGAGACUGAGAAGAGCAACAAUAGCGAUGAAGAGGACUUGGAGCAUAGGGGAGAGAAUAUUCAAAGAAGACCAUAGAAGAAGAAUGAAAAUGUUUGAAGCACUUGUUGGAAGCGUAGCGUUAUAUGGAGCGGAAGUUUGGGGCUGGAAAAACGAAAAAACGUUAGACGGAGUAAAGAGGAAGUACGCGAAAUGGAUUCUAAACUUGGACAGAGGAACACCGAAUUACAUAUUAUUGGAGGAGACAAAGAUGGAAGAGAUUAGAAUACAGGCGAUCAAAAGAGCACUAAAAUACGAGGAAAAGGCGAGAAAAUCAAAGAAGAAAAUAAUAAAAGAAUGCAUAAAAGAUUUAGAAAAGUGGCGACCAGGUGCAGAAGAAGGAAGAUGGGAAAGAAAGAGAAGAGAGGUGUUGGAGGAGGCAGGAGUAAACAAGGAACAGCUUAGAAAGGAAAGAGAAGCAGGAAACGAGGAGAUGGCAGAGAACAUCUUGAAGGAACUAAAAAUUAAAGAGAGCAGAGAGAGACAACAGAAGAUAAACAAAUCCAAGUACAACACCAACUACAAGAUGAUUGCACAGGAAAAGAAACCAAAAUACUUGGAGGGGAGGAUGAAGAAAAAGGACAGAUGCUUGAUAGCCAGAUACAGAUGCGGGAAUGAAACGAAAGGGAGUCAGUAUUGGAGAGAAGAGGAGGAAAGGAGAUGCAGAGUAUGCAAGAAAGCAGAAGAAAGUUUGUACCAUAUAAUGAAAGAUUGCGAAGCAACAAGAAGCGAAAUGUCGAUAGAAGAACUCACUGGAGAAGAAGGAAAGGGCCUACAAGUAAUGAAAAAGAUAGAAGAGCUGAGGAAGGAGAUAAACAGGAAGGAGAAGAAAGAAGCAGAAGAGAAUAAGAAGGAAGAAGUUCAAACAAACCAAAGAUCUAAUUGUAACGCUAAUGUUAAUGUUAAUGUUGAGGGUGAUAUUGAUUUGUUAGCUGUUGAUGAUGUUAACUGUAAUUUUAAACUAUUGAAUUUUAAACUAUUGAAUUCUAAACUUUGAAGUUUAAGUUGAAUUUGUAAUGUAAUAUAAACAAAAGUGUAUGUAACCGGAAGCCAUCCUAAGCCGCAAGGCAAACGGAUUAAGAACAAUAAAUAA